GAAACAAAAUUAGUAGUGACUGAUGGAUGUCUUAUCAUCUGACACAGUAACACUGGAUAAAAUCAGUGACGUCUCCCUGACCCUCGUUGUUGGUCUUUACAGAGUCACCAAGUCUCAGGGGAAAAGACGUCAACCUCCACGGUCACCUGCUGCCACGUCUGGAAAAAAGCAUACAAGCAAAACACAAUCAGCCUUCCUGUAUAAAGAGGAGGGGUUGAAAGAAUGCCUCCAGAUUUAUCCUGCCAAAGGUUCAGGUUCAGCUAGCAAACAUAUCUUGGAAAAUAAAUAUGAUAAAGUUGAGGAAGAAUUAGACUUCUAUAUUAAGGCAGGGAGGCAGUGCAAACCUGGGAUCAGGAAAAAUAAAAUUGAACAACUAGAGAGUGGUGUAGAAAAAAGAAGACAAUCAAGGAAUGUAGAAACAGUUAAGCCAGUAAAUUUGAAAAACGAAGAGAUGUUAAAGCAUGUUAAUUUUCUAUUAACAGAAUCUAGUGACAAUUUUUCAAAUAAAUCAUUGAGAACAACAGUGAGUGAUGGCUGUAGUAGCAGCAAACACCAACGAGAUGACACCUGCAGCAGCACAAUCAGCCGCAAGUCUCGUAGGCCUUCUAAAUUUUGUUCAGUUGCAGUAGGAGUCACAAGUUUCACUGUGAAUGACAUUUUUCAGGAUCUUUUUGUUGACUGGUUCAAGUGUCCAUAUUGUCCUCUGACCUUGACACAAGCAGUAUCAUGUGUGUUACAUAAGCAGCUUACAGAAGAGAAAGCUUCUCUCUUGUAUUGUAUAUCUCCCACAAGAUUAAAGAUGUGUCUGUCACGUAUCUUUAAACUUCAAAGGAUGUUUAAGAAGAAUGACAAAUAUUACAGCUUUUUACAUCCAAUGCGUUUUUAUGCUAGAAAUGAUAAAGUGAUUGAGUGGAUGCUCCGGAUGAGGCGCAUGGGGCGUUAUCCUGUGAAGCAUGAUGUCAAUCAAAUUGUCAGCUAUCAAGGACUCAAGGAACUAAAGGUUACAUUUUUUGACAAGUUCCUCUCAAUGUAUGGUGAAAAAAAAUUGCUCUUUGAGGAAUGGGUUAUUCUGUCACCAAUAGCUGCAAUCCAGUGGCAUAAUAACUUUCAUGAGCAUGUUUAUAUCCGCUGUGGCAUGACACCUAGUGAACUUCUUACCUCUGUAAAUGGAAAGAGAGUUUUCACUUGUGCUGAAGUUUUGGUGUCUCUUGGUGAUGUCCCGAGAGAGGUCACCAUUGUACGAGGAAGGUCAAAUCUUUAUUGCUUGACUCAGCAGAGCACUGGAGUAUCUCGGGCCAUACUGACCUUCUCAGCUGCAGGUCAGUUUCACCCACCAGCUAUUUUGCAGAAAGGAUAUGAAUUGCCACACUGGGCACUAACUGAGAAAAAUGUUGAUCUGAUGGCCUCCUCUGAUGGUAGGCUGGAUCCUUUAGUCUUCCUAGGAUGGCUGCGUCGUUUUGAACAAAGGUUGACUGAGGCCAAUAUUCCUCGGCCAGUGGUUCUUUUUGUCCAUGGCCAUGCAGCUCAUGGAUCUCCAGCAAUUGAAUCUUUCUGCUGUAGUAAAGGAAUUAUCCUUCACUCUCAUCACCAUAGUCCCAUUAAUUUCAUGGAUCCUUUCAUUUACCUCCUUUCUCCACUUCUUCACCAUUUAGCUCGGACCCAAGAGCAGUUGACUACAAUCACUGGUACCCAUCUGUUGCCAGACUACCUUAUGCCAUCCAUCUUGGCUGACGUCUGGGCUCAGGUUUCCAAAGAGAAUUUGUCAAGUAAAGCCUUCCAGAGCUCAGGUCUUGUCCCCUAUGAUGACUCAACAUGCUUUAUUGAUUGUAAGGAAUCCAUUCAAAUGGCAGCCUUUCCUCCAUUGAUACUGAAUCCAAUUAAAACUUAUUUUCCUUGUGGUGAUUUUUCUGAUGAUGAUUCCUUUGAAACUGAACCACAAAUAUGUUCUACUUACUAUCUGAAGACUCUUGAUUGUUGCAAGAAAUUCAAAUACCCUGUAGAGCAUAGCAGAGGAGAGAAUAUUUGUGAGAGAUCUUCAUGCAGUAGACUGGAGGACUGGGAAAAUGAAACUGACACUGACCAGAUGCAUGAUCCUCUUUAUAUUACACCAAAUCCUGUCUUUGAAUCCAAAACUGAGUUUGGAAAUGUCAUUCACAUACAAAGAGACUCAGCAAAUGUAGAAUCAUUUAUAGGUCAUUCUUUAGAAGACUCACCUGAGGGUGAGCUUGAUGAAUUACCACUUUCUUGUGAAAUUCAAGAGCCAGUCCGUUUACCUGAAUUAUGCCCAACUUUUCAUAUUCAUCAGCAUAUCAAGACAGAGUCUAAUCUGACUUUCAACCCUAUAUCUGCAGAGUCAUCCAAAGGGAAUUUACCUGACAAUCAGCCACAUAACUUGGGAUACCUCCAAUUAGCAUGCAAUCUACUUGAUUUAGAAUCAUCCAAAGAGAAUCAGCAAGAGUUUGAAAUAAAAACAGAGAGACUAACUCCAGAGAGAGCAAGUCCAGACCAGGCUGAUGUCUCAUGGAUCAAAGAGGAAAUGGAGGAACAAACAAAGACUUGGGAGUUUCAGAAUAAUUCUGAAGAGGAUAACCUGAUGCAAAGUUCACUUGAGAAGCAAUCACCACACUUGAAACAGUGUUCAUCAGUGUGGAAACAGAUCACUUAGAAUGAAUAUUGAUAAACUUAAAAUAAAAAUGUAUAUAGGUAUGCUAAGUUUGUUUCUUACCUGUGAAGUAGUAUACAUAAUGUUAAGUAAAGGUGAGGAAAUGACAA